AUGGCGACGCCAAAGCGACGGAAGGUCGAGACAUCUGAGGGCUCAAGGCCAAUGAGCGCAUUUGCUUUGAGGCAACAAUUGCUUUCAGCGAGCCCGUCCUUGUCUCCAGCACCUCAAGCCGAAUCUCAGCCGGCCCCUGAUGUUCAAGUAUCAACUCCCACGCCCACACCCAAAGUACGGUCUCCCGCGAAAGGAAGAUCCUCAAAAAGGGUCGCCUCUGCCGAGGAUGAAGCAAUUCAGCACACGCCACAGUCGAAGCCGGAGCAGAGUGCAUCUGCGCCAAUAGCAGGAGCGACAGAAUCCAAUAGCCCUACCGCAGAUCCUGACGAGAUCAACCCGUCAAAGAUUGGACCUCAGCAGUUCUCGACGUUCAGGCCGAGUAAGAGCAACUCUCGCAGAGUGGCAGGAGGCAUCCUAGAGCUAAGACUUCAUGACAGCGAGCGUUUCCUGGUGCUCGGAAGCUAUGGUAUCAAGGUCCUCGAUGGUGAGAUCACUAUAGCAGGGGCGAGCGUUCGACCUCCAGACGGCAUCAAAUGGGUUCAUGCCCCUCACUGCCAUGCGAUCCCCGUGCUGCGCUGCUCGGAGGAGACUAGACUUGAACUGCAUCCUCAUCCCCAGGGUGCAAGUCUGCGCAAGCUUGAACGGCUUUCGCCUCUCUUCCGAAAUUUGUGGCAUGAGCCUGAGGGCAAAGCAAGCAAACGAGGCGCAAAGACCGAUACCUACAAGAUUAUUUGUACCUCUGAAGACGCGCCGAAGCGAGCUCUGAUCCAAGAUCUGCGAUCGCAUCCCGCCUGGAACAAGAAAUUGGCGGGGCUAACGAAGGCGAAACCAGACCAGCCUGCCCUCAGCGUGAUGCUUUGCGGCCCCAAAUCGUCCGGCAAAUCCACUUUUGGCCGUAUACUGGGAAACCGGCUGCUCACGGGCGCCGGCCAACAGACUCGAACCCGGAAAACACCACCAUCAGUCGUUGUGAUGGAGCUAGAUCCCGGGCAGCCAGAGUAUACUCCGGCAGGUACAAUCGCCUUGGUUCAGGUCAGAGAACCCAACUUGAGUCCAUCUUUUGCCCGCAUUGCGGCGAACGAGCAGGAUGUGACCGUUAUGAGAUGUCACUCAAUAGCUUCGGUAUCACCUGCCUCCGAUCCAGAGCUGUAUCUGGAGUGCGCACUCGAUCUGUUUCAACGCUAUCAAGACACAUGUAAAGGGCUGCCGUUGAUCAUCAACACCCCGGGUUGGGUCUUGGGAACAGGGCUGGACCUACUAAGUGAGCUCGUCUCGACGAUCAGGCCAGCCGACGUCAUUUACAUGUCCGAAGACGGCCCUAGGGAGACCAUCGAAGGCUUGCAAGCGGCGUGUAAGACGGCCUUUACGCUGCUUCCCUCACAGCAGUCAGAAUUCACUUCUAGAACCGCGGCACAUCUACGUUCGAUGCAGGCGUUGGCGUAUUUCCACACCAAGAGAAACCCAUCGAAUCAGCUGCUAUGGAACCCUACUCCGCUUUCAUCAUCGCCUCCUUUGAUGGUCGGCUACAAGGGGAAGAACCGCGGCAUCACUGGGAUCAUAAGUUAUGAGUACCAACCGCCGGCAGACCUUCUCGCAGAGACCAUCAACGGGUCUAUCUUGUGUCUAGUCGAGACCGAGGAUGUCAGGGCAUUCACUCGUCUAGCUAGAGAGAGCAUUGACUCUUCCGCUGUGACAUCAAGCGUUGACGUGAUGGACGUCGAUGGUGUCGCGUUGGACUUGGAGGCAAUUAUCGCCAGGACGCCUGAGGGAAUCCCUUAUAUCCCAAACACCGAUGCCCAAACUCUGGAUCCACGAUACGCGCAAACACUGGGCCAGGUGCUAUUGCGAGGCAUCGACACAAAGACUGGCGCUCUCCAGAUCCUCACGCCCAUUCCCCUGCAACGCAUCGAAGCAGCCAAAGCAGCGGGUCACCACUUGUUGCUAGUCCACGGCAAGCUCGACUCCCCCGGCUGGGCUUACAGUGAAGACUUGUACUACCAGUCUUUCAACGGCAGUGAUGUAGAUAACUCCAAGUAUGACACGGUGGAAGUCAUGGACGAGGACACUGAGAGCGACAAGUCAGACGAGGAGCCCGAAAACCUCGAGCUUGCUGGCGACAUUAGCGACACGCCGUGGAUCGAGGUCCUCCAGGGCCACGAGAAGCGUCCCGUGGGGUCGAGGGUGUGGAGAGUCCGGCGCGAUCUCGGGCGGGCCGGGCCGGGCGUUGAAUGA